AUGACGGCCCACACCAAUGACAGCAGUAAACGGUUCUCCUCCGGAAAUCAACACGAUGGACCGAUCGAUCCAUCGAAGUUCGAGGCCUUCUUUCGUUCUUUGGUAUUCCUUGGUCAGUCAAACACAUUCGAUGUCACUGCAGGAACAGAUUCUACAUCUUCUCCCAACGCGACGCCCUCCAACACCGCUUCUCCGGCUCCAGGCUCCUCGCACGAUCGAAGCCAUGAUCAUGAUCAUAAAGGCCCAGAUAUUACGCCAAUUGUGGGAGGCGUCGUGGGAGGCGUAGCACUCAUUCUCCUACUCCUCCUUCUUAUAUUCUUCUACAGACGUCUCAGAUAUCAACGAAAGCUCAAUCAGUUCCACAAAGAGCACAUGCUCCUCCAACAACAACCUCCACCCUCGCUUCAUUCAUCUACCGGCGCUAAUACCCUGGUUCCACGCUUCACAUCUCCUCCAAUGGUUACGAGCUCUCUGCCUCUAGCUCCAAAUCGACGCUCGGAUGUCCCACCUGGAUUUGAAGAGACGAUGCAAAAGAGCUAUCGUCCACUUUCCGAAGACCACCACUCUACUCCGUCUUCGUAUAGUAUCCCGCUUCCGAACGAGCAUGGGCCUGUGUUUCAUGCACAACAUGGCCCCGGUCUGGAAAUGCACCACGGUUCGAAUGUAUAG